GCGGCCUGGGCCCGGGCGCGGCGGCGGCGGCGGGGGCGGCGGCGGGGCCUGGAGCCGGAUCUAAGAUGGCAGCAACGGCGGCGGCGGCGGGGCCGGGCGUGGGCGGCGCGGGGGCGGCCGGCCCGGGUGUCACGGGGCCCUGCGGGGCCGUGUCCGUGUUCCCCGGCGCCCGCCUCCUCACCAUCGGCGACGCGAACGGCGAGAUCCAGCGGCACGCGGAGCAGCAGGCGCUGCGCCUCGAGGUGCGCGCCGGUCCGGACGCGGCGGGCAUCGCCCUCUACAGCCAUGAAGACGUCUGUGUGUUCAAGUGCUCGGUGUCCCGGGAGACGGAGUGCAGCCGUGUGGGCAAGCAGUCCUUCAUCAUCACCCUCGGCUGCAACAGCGUCCUCAUCCAGUUUGCCACGCCCGGCGAUUUCUGUUCCUUCUAUAACAUCCUGAAAACCUGCCGGGGCCACACCCUGGAGCGGUCGGUGUUCAGCGAGCGCACGGAAGAGUCCUCUGCUGUGCAGUAUUUCCAGUUUUAUGGCUACCUGUCCCAGCAGCAGAACAUGAUGCAGGACUACGUGCGGACGGGCACCUACCAGCGCGCCAUCCUGCAGAACCACACGGACUUCAAGGACAAGAUCGUUCUUGAUGUUGGCUGCGGCUCUGGGAUCCUGUCGUUUUUCGCCGCCCAGGCUGGAGCGAGGAAGAUCUACGCGGUGGAGGCCAGCACCAUGGCCCAGCACGCUGAGGUCUUGGUGAAAAGUAACAACCUCACGGACCGCAUCGUGGUCAUCCCCGGGAAGGUGGAGGAGGUCUCGCUGCCUGAGCAGGUGGACAUCAUCAUCUCAGAGCCCAUGGGCUACAUGCUCUUCAACGAGCGCAUGCUCGAGAGCUACCUCCACGCCAAGAAGUACCUGAGGCCUGGUGGAAACAUGUUCCCCACCAUUGGUGAUGUCCACCUCGCACCCUUCACGGAUGAACAGCUCUACAUGGAGCAGUUCACCAAGGCCAACUUCUGGUACCAGCCAUCCUUCCACGGAGUGGACCUGUCAGCUCUCCGAGGUGCUGCGGUGGACGAGUAUUUCCGGCAGCCUGUGGUGGACACAUUUGACAUCCGGAUCCUGAUGGCCAAGUCUGUCAAGUACACGGUGAACUUCUUAGAAGCCAAAGAAGGAGAUUUGCACAGGAUAGAAAUCCCGUUCAAAUUCCACAUGCUGCAUUCCGGGCUGGUUCACGGGCUGGCUUUCUGGUUUGAUGUCGCUUUCAUUGGCUCCAUAAUGACCGUGUGGCUGUCCACGGCCCCGACGGAGCCCCUGACCCACUGGUACCAGGUCCGGUGCCUGUUCCAGUCACCACUGUUCGCCAAGGCCGGGGACACGCUCUCAGGGACAUGUCUGCUUAUUGCCAACAAAAGACAGAGCUACGACAUCAGUAUUGUGGCCCAGGUAGACCAGACAGGCUCCAAAUCUAGUAACCUCCUGGAUCUGAAAAACCCCUUCUUCAGAUACACAGGCACGACGCCCUCCCCGCCGCCUGGCUCCCACUACACAUCCCCCUCGGAGAACAUGUGGAACACCGGCAGCACCUACAACCUCAGCAGCGGGAUGGCCGUGGCUGGGAUGCCGACCGCCUAUGACCUGAGCAGUGUUAUUGCCGGCGGCUCCAGCGUGGGCCACAACAACCUGAUUCCUUUAGCCAACACAGGGAUUGUCAAUCACACCCACUCCCGGAUGGGCUCCAUAAUGAGCACGGGGAUUGUCCAAGGUAACGGUGGGCGGGGAGCAGGAUCCCGCGGGGUGAGUGUGCCGACCGCCGGGUGCCCGCCUGCCCUCCUGCCUGCGCUCUCUCUCUCUGACUCUGCCGUGGGUCCGGGCGGGCAAGGGGGCAGAGCUGGCCCCUCAGUGCCCACACCCUGCCCCACAGGGUCCUCCGGCGCCCAGGGCAGCAGCGGCGGCAGCUCCAGCGCCCACUACGCGAUCAACAGCCAGUUCACCAUGGGCGGCCCCGCCAUCUCGAUGGCCUCGCCCAUGUCCAUCCCGACCAGUACCAUGCAUUACGGGAGCUAGGCCCCUCCGGCGUGGCACGGACUGACAGCACCAGGAAACCAAAUGAAGACCCCGCCCACCCCACCCCUCCCCCCGGGCGGCUUUCACCCCUGUACUGGAGAAGCCCAAACACCCGGUCACAGCCCUCUUUGCUACGGGAACUUGAACACUUUUUUACACCAUGUUGCCGCCGCCGCCGCCCCCGCCCCCACCCCCCACCCCACCGCCCACCCCCAUCUUGGCCCCCGAGUGCGUGUCGCUGCCAUGUUUUACACACGAUCACGGAUCAUGUCGUGGGAGCCCUGUUCCCCCCUGCCUGCCCUCUCCACCCUGCCCUGGGUUGGACAUCUUCUGGAACAGGCAUAUCCGGGCCUGACAGCUGCAGGCCGGGCAGGGAGGGCGGCGAGCAGCUGCUGUCCCACCCGGUCCCCCGGGCCCGCUCCCUGCCCGUCUCCCGUGGGAAGGCAGUCCUGGCCAGGCGGGGCCUCCCCCUCAACGACCAGGCCUUGGUCACAAUGGGCGUGACAUGCUGCUUUUUUUAAUUUUAUUUUUUUACGAAAAGAACGAGUGUCCAUCCACAGACCCUCUGAGACGUCAGGCCGGCCGGGCCGAGCCAGCGGCCCCUCUCCCCGACUCAGAGGCUCAGUGGCGAGGGGUGGCCCUGCCGAGUCUUCAGGAUGGGGUGGGGCUGGGCCUCUGGAGCCCCUCGGCCCCCUCCCACCAAAGGGUUCACCUCACACUUGAAUGUACAACCCACCUGGCUGUCGGGAAGGCCCUCCGUCCUCGGCCCCUGCCUCUCGCUGCUGUCCUGUCCCUGAGCCCCUGCAGGUCCCCCACCCCAACCCACACCAAGAGCUAGAACAGGUGGCCCCGUGGGCCCUGGGCCUGGAGGGAAGGGUCACCGCCCGCCGCGUGGGGCAGACACAGAAACCUCAAGGGCCUGUCGGGGAAGGCGUCCUUUUUCCUUGUAGCUCAUGUCAGGCCUGUGUAUCCCCUUCAGUAUUUGUAGAUGCUCCAGUCCCUACUACUAUGAUGGCAUUUUGGUCCCUCCCCAGCCUGGGAAGGGGCCUUGCAGGGACCUCUCCAAGAAAAAAAAAAAGAAAAGAAAAAAAAAAUAAACAAGGACGUGUAUGUUUCAGCACAGGCAAUUUUCUUCUAGUUCUGCUCCCCGUUUCUAACACCCCCGAACUCAGAUGUGGUGGAGCUCAGGCCCAAGGCUCACUAGCUGGGCACCCCGGGACGAGCAGGUGAGGCGGAGGCUGGGGUGGCCCCCUGUGCUGCCCGCCUGUCCUGGCAGGUGGCCUGUGGGGCAGUGGCUGCCCUGGAAGCUCCCGGCUCUGCCCCUCUCCCGCCUUUAUAUAAAUUCUCUGAAUCACCUUUGCAUAGAAAUAAAAGUGUUUGCUUUGUAAGAAAA